AUGGCAACCAUUUAUGAACGCGACGUCGACCCGCGUUUAACCGUUUUCGUCAAGUCGAAGAAGCACCCGCUAUACCUGAAUGGCCGUACCAUCUACCUGAUGUCCUCGCAAGCGCUGCUAGGAUGUGCGUACCUGGCGCGCACGAUCUUGCUAGACAAGUUCUCAGUCCGCUGGAAAGAGGUGUUCUCAUCGCCUGGAUUACCCCCUGCAGAGCGCGGGUCGCGUCGUCUCGCCAAUAUGCUGACGACGUUCGCAAGUGUAUCACUUUUUGUUGUACUGUGCAGUACAUUACACGCGGUACUCUUUGGCUUCGCGCGUUCGGUCGUCCUACCUGUUCUUCACCUGCUUCCGUUUGUAUCCCAAAUUCUUCGCCCUUUUACUGCUCACUUCCUCCGAGGAUCGUUCACGCUCACUCUAUUGUUCCGCCAAUGGCCUCUUAUUUGCCGGACCUUCUACCUUGCGAUGACGACCGUUGCCUGCUGGGAAACGGCAGAAUCUCCACUGUUUUCGGGCAUCAACGUUGCAAACAGUGCCGCGGACCCAGCAUUAGCCCUCGUUUCUGGCAUCACGUCAUCCGACGGCUGCUUCAAGCACUUUGCCUAUGCUGAGCUGCAACAGCUUGCCAGCGAGAAUUCUCCAACUGCAAGCGCUCGACGUACGGAACUGUUCUCAGACCAGAAGUAUAAUCCGACCAUGUGGUCGACCCUCGUCCGUGAGGCCUUGUUGACGCUGGGCAAGGAUUAUCAGCUGCUGUUGAGGAGAGGUCAGCCAGAGGCUCCGCCUGCACCUCCCGCGAAUCCCCCCCUUGCCGUGCCUGCGGAGGUGAAGCCUGUUCCUCUCAUUCGGACAUCUGUCCUGAAGGCCACUUCUGCCUCUCCUCUGCGCGCCGCGCUCGAUAGUCUCGCGUCCGACGGACCUAUCUCUACUGUAGUUGGAUCCACAGCCGACGCCGGCGUAUCCCACAUCCCGGAGCUUUUCCAGUCCGUCUUGCACGCCAGUCCCGGUGGGGAUAGGGCGAUCGAGGCAGUGAAGAAGAGCGAGGAGCAGAUGGUAGGGCUGUAUGAGCAGACGAAGGUGAAGUGGCAGGGAGGCCUUGGCGGCAUCUUGCGCAGGAACGCGCCGGCCCAAGUGAUAGAAGUGGUGGGGAUGGUGGAGGAGUGGUGGACGCGAGAUCGGGUGAACAAGGCUGUGGAAAUGGCUUUGCCGAAUAGACAUCUGGACGUGCUCGCGAUCUCGGUUUUAUGCAGCCUAAUCUGUGCCUCAUUGACCGAGGAUAAAUAUGGAGUGGUCCAACGGGACAUACCACGAAUGCUAGAAGCGUUGGUGUCGUUCCUCGUUGUUGCGGAAGAAUACCAGGCGGAUAUUUCUAGGAAGUACAACGUUCCCAGUGAGGAAGACAUGAAGAAGCUGCCAAAAAAGGAAUGCGCGGAGAAAGAGCGCCUCGCGUUUGAGGUUGCUAAUGCAGGGGAGGUGUUGACGGAAGUUAGCAACGUCCUCAAAGACGGCAUCAUGCAAGUUGUCAGGACGUUCGGGGACAAGUUGGCUGCGUUCAAGUUCCCGUUACGGACAGCAAAGAAAUUGCAGACCUUCGUGGACUAUGCGUAG